AUGAAAUUGUAUCCGACUUGCAUCGUGCUUGAGGGUGUGCUGCUUGGCGCCGCAUCUGGCAUAUCAGUCCAAGGGAACUAUACAAUAUGCAACUGGGCCCGAUUAAGGGCUGGAGUCAUCCGUGAUGCCCUCUACCUUGAUGGCGGUUUGCUCUGGUGGCAAACAGCCUUUGCAGAUGGAACGGCGCCAGUCGUGAGCAGCGAUGGCAAUGUCGAGGGGGAGAUGUUUGUUUUGAACUUCUCGACACCUUUCGACACGACCAAGACUAAUAUGUCGGGCUUGUUUGAUCGGAUGUCGAAGGCGGGUGGCGCAGGAAACAAUAUUGCACCGAAUUAUGUCGAUGGGACCAUGUUUACGAAUGAUGGUGAAUUAUACCUUUUCGGUGGCCUCCCUCGUCUCACCGAUUCUGCUUCCCCACAAAGCGCCGAAACUGUUCUUGGAUAUGAAGCUUACCAGUACGGCCCGGAUCGGACAAGCUGGAGUCCGGGCUUUUAUCAAGGAAGUCUGCCGGACGGCGUAACAAGAUAUAUCACAAAUGGCGCCGGAGCGUCUGCACCCAGCGAAAACCUAGGAUUCUACUUCAGCGGGAUGCGAUCACCGACAUGGGGUCCGAUAUACUACGAGGACUCCUCCGCCAACAUGACCGCGGACACUCUUAUCCAGGUUGACAUGUCGGUCAUGAGAAGCGAGAAAUGGACAAAUGCAACGCUCCCGGACAACAUCCAGCCGCGCGCGAACGCCGAGCUUGUAUGGAUCCCUGUCUCCGAGAAAGGCGUGCUGAUCGCAAUCGGCGGUGUCAGUGCGCCCGAGGAGAUAUGGGCGUCCGGCUUGAACGGCUCGCAGAGUUCGGAAAGUGAAGCGCAGAGUCCCGGGUUCAUGACCACUUUGCCCGUCUACGACAUCGCUUCUAGCACCUGGUAUCUGCAGAAUACCACUGGUCAAGCCCCGGGACAACUGACGGAAUUUUGCUCCGUGGUAGCAACGGCUAAGGACUCCUCGUCGUUCAACGUCUACAUCUACGGCGGCUACGACGGAUUAAACGCAGACGAUGAGCCCUCGGACGACGUCUGGAUCCUGUCGAUUCCGGCCUUCCAAUGGAUCAAAGCGUACAGCGGGACCAAGUCACAUGGUCGCUCGGGUCAUCGAUGUGUCGCCCCGUAUCCGGAUCAAAUGUUUGUCGUCGGCGGGGUCCACCAAAACCAGGCCAAUUGUGUCGAGGGUGGCAUUAUCCAGAUUUUCAACCUCAACAAUCUCGAGUUCCAGAAUAGCUACGACCCUGACACCUGGUCUGACUAUCAGGUGCCCGCCGCCGUCACCAAUGCUAUAGGGGGCAAUGCUCAAGGAGGCUCUACCAAAACCGCAGCUUGGUCAGAUGGUGCCUUAGCGGGCAUCUUCUCAAAAUCAUAUUCGAGACAAGUUACCCACUACUACCCAUAUCCAGUCAACGACUCCUCAAUAGAGUCAACCAGCAGCGGACACUCGGGAGUCAGCACAGGUGCCAUCGUUGGUAUCAGCAUCGCCGCCGCCGUGAUAUUCAUUCUCCUCCUCAUCCUUAUAUUCCUCCUGGUCCGGCGUCGUCGAAUCAUCAACAGUGGUUCUUCCGACAAAUCCUCGCACUCCAGCAACAGUCGGAUCACCCGAUGGUUGAACGGAGCAGCAGUGAUUCCAAAACGCCCUCAACAUCAAAUGCGUCAAUCCUCUCAAAGCUCGCCACCGGAGGUGCAACAAGUCGGUUAUAGCUCGUUAUCCGAAGAACCGACUCCACUGCAACCAGAACGACACGAAAUGGCCAACAGCACAGAGCGUCCCAGGCCACCUUACGAACUGGCCACGCCGUACAAUAAUCUCGGCCAUCCACGACACUCUGGAAUCGUCGACUACGCGUACAAUACCAAUUUCGGCCACACACAUUCAAACUCGACAUCUUCCGAGGAUGUCUACCGUCCUUCCCCACUAAGUAACAGUUUCAACGACGCCGCCCCCACGACGGGAAACAACAACAACAACAACAACAACAACAACAACAACAACAACAACAACAACAACAACAACAACAACAACAACGAUGUCGCCGCCGCCGCCACUAUAGGGGCCACAUCGUCUCCUCUCCGCAGCGUGCGCUUCCCUCCCGCUGGCCUCACGUCCGAGAUCUUUAGCCCCGGCCACGAGAACUCGAACUCAAACUCGUCAAACUAUUCGUCCGGUGAGACCAACGAGACGCUCGCUUGGCCGUUGCCACCCACUCAGAACAACUGGCGAGGCAGCAACAACAACAACAGCAAUAACAACAACCGGGCCCGUAACACAAACGCGACACGAUUCCCGUUUGACAGGGAGAGAAGCAGCGAGAGCAGUUCCGUGCAGCCGAUCAUCGAGGAGCAUGAACCGGAGUCGUGCCGCGAGAGCGUCGCCCACGAAUUGCCUGCCGACGACAACGACAACGACAAAGAGGAGCAUGAGUACCAUUACCAGCACGGCAACGAGAGCGCGAUUAGCGGCAUUGGGACGUUGCCGAGUCCCACGCGGGCUGGCGGGGAAGGGGGGACCAUGCCCGAGGACGAGGAGCACAGGAGGAGCCUGUUCGACACGAUAAGUCCCGUGAGCCCAACACUAGGGAGGAAUUGGAGGCGCUGA